GCCAUUGUGCGGUACAUCCGUGUUCGUGUAUACACAUGUAGUAUCCAACGAUCUCUUCAGGAGACGCUUCAUCGUUAUUAAGUAUCCAGUACAUUUGGUUUGUGGUGUUCGUGUAUAUAAGUGUAUGCUCUUAAAUUACAUACGUAAUACGUCGUAAUUGUUGACACAGUCGCCAGCCUCUUUGUACCCUCCAAGAGGCAAGGGAUCGCCCUCCAGGAUCGUCGCUCUGCUCUGGAACGCUGGAAGCUCGUCGAUGUUGCAUCCGUCGGAAGGACUGCUACCACCACUCGGAUCACCUCCACUCGGAUUCGCACAACACUCAACGUUUUAUUCGAUCUAUUAUUAAUCGUAUGUUUCUUUUUGCUUCAGGUGCCGCCGUCGUCUCAGGAUCGUCCGUCGUCGUCCCACGGGAACUUCACCAGGACACCCGGAUUCCAUCGGACUCAGGAACCCUAAGAGCACAAUUGACAGAAAGUCGACUAAAUGUCGACUUCUAGAAGUUGACAGAAAGUCGACUAAAUGUCGACUUCUAAAUAGUCGACUUCUAGAAGUUGACAGAAAGUCGACUAAAUGUCGACUUCUAGAAGUUGACGGAAAGUCGACUAGGGCUACGGUAGACCCAGGUAGAACACAAAAUCACAAUAACAUCAUAAUGAUGUCAUUGUGAUUUUAUUUGUCACUUAUAAGUACAUAAAAGGUACUCUUAUGACAUCAUCAUGAUGAGUUAAGUGACAAAUGACAUUAUUGUGACUUCUGUGUUCUAUCUGGGGAGCGCAUAUAUUCUCGGAUCAUCCGACUCACUGACCUCCGGACACUCCUGGAUACGUGUCGCGAAAUCGCAACUCGCUCAUGUCCCGACCUCGGUCCCUCGGCACGCAACAAGUGGCGUGUUUGGGACUAGUGUGUGUGCGUGUGUCGAGCAUUUCUCUCUUUCUUCACUUCCGAGUGUGGAAUUUUGUAUGUUAUCCAGAUCCAGCGCUAUUACGUCGCUCUGUAAAACGUACAAUAUAUUUUAUUACUUCAAAGGAAGAUGUCAAAUGAUUUAUUUUAUGUUGUGGUCACUGAAGAGUGGGCUGCUGCAGUUCCAUCGUCUUGGAUAUUCCCCGAUAGUUUGGUGGCCUAAGGAAGACACAAUAACAUUGGCUAUAUCAAAAAAGCGAAAGCCUGAAAACUCUUGGAAUAAAACAAAGUAUCAGUAUUUGAUUGGACCUUUUGAUACAUAUAUUGAAGCUUGGAGAAUAGAGAAGAAAGCUAUUUGCAUUAGCACGGAUGAUGACACUGAUGCAUUAUUAAACAAAUUUUCUUCCGAUGAAAGCAAAAGGAAAAGAAAACCCAACAAACAGGAUGAUUUUCUCUAUGCUUCAGAGAACGUGUUGAAAAAGUUUCCAAACACUACUGUCAGAGAACUUGAAAUAUUAUUUCAAGAAUGGUUGCGUCGAGGUGGGGACCAAAUUCGCAGCAUCCAGAAAUCAGCAAGUAGGCCAUAAGCUGCAUUUAAAAUAUAUAUAUUUCAGUAUUGUAUGUUUUUUAUAACAAUAUUUUUAGUAUUCUUCGCGGUUGUUAAGAAAAACGUGUUUAAAACAAAAAAUAUAAAUAUAU